CAUGGGGCAAAGGGCAAGGACAUGUCCCCGGUUUGGCUCUUGCAUUUUCUGGUUUCCUCAUUUAUCUGUAUUUUUUUUCUUUUCUUUUUGCCUUGUUAUCUUUCUAACUUCAGGGAAGCCUCUCCCUUCUUCUCCUCCCCAGAAUGACCUAUCACCCUCCUUCAGGACCUAGUUGCAGGGCGUUUCUGUUUUAGGCUGACAUUCGACUCCUUGCCUACAUCUAUAGCUUGGCACAAAGAGAUUCACACACCCUCAAGAGCGUGGGUGAGACAUACACAGCCUGUUAGAGCUGAAGACAGAUGGCUCUUCUUAAGGCCAAUAAGGAUCUCAUUUCUGCAGGACUGAAGGAGUUCAAUGUUCUGCUGAAUCAGCAGGUCUUCAAUGACCCUCUUAUCUCUGAAGAAGACAUGGUGAUCGUGGUGGAGGACUGGAUGAACUUCUACAUCAACUAUUACCGGCAGCAGGUGACCGGGGACCCCCAAGAGCGAGACAAGGCUCUGCAGGAGCUUCGGCAAGAGCUGAACACUCUGAUCAACCCUUUCCUGGCCAAGUACAGGGACUUCUUGAAGUCUCGUGAGCUCCCGAGUCACCCACCGCCCUCCUCCUAGCCCAGGGACCCAGACCCUCCUCUCGGAGAAACUCUCAGACCUUCCUGUCCUCAGGCUAUGCUCUUGCUCUACCCCGACACCUCAAUAAAGAGCAGUGCUGGUUUUGUUGGA